GUGCUGCUCGGACAGAGCGGGACCGAGAGUCUCCGCCGCCCCGAAACAAGUGUGAAAAAGCCGCUUCACGACUCCACUGUGUCCCGCGGAGGCUGCGUCACACUCCCGUUCACCGACACUAACACCCGGAAAAAGGCCCCUGAAUAUAGCCCUUCUUUGCACCGCGGGGCCCGGCGAGGCACGGCGGGAGCAGAUGGAGACUGCACCGGCAAAGGCGAAGCCGCAGGGCCGCCUGCUGGUGUCCACCCCGCUGGACGCCAAAGACGAGCUUGAGGAGAGGUUGGAGCGCUGUGCUGGGAUCGUCCAGUCGCUGACCAAUGGGAUGUCAGAGAGAGAGGCCAACGACGCCCUCACUGCUAAUGUGUGUAAAGGUCCACAGCAGCAUGAAGAGGUUUGUCUGGGUCUGUUCACGCUGGUCCUCACAGAAGCGACGCAGGCUCAGAGGUGUUACAGAGACCUGACUCUGCUCAACAGAGACGGCAUGAGCGUGAUCCUCGUGAAGAUCAACCAGAUCCUGAUGGAGAAGUUCCUCAAGCUGCACGACGUCCCGAGAACACAGCUGGUGUGGCUGGUCAGAGAGCUGGUGAAGAGCGGGGUGAUCGGAGCAGAUGGUGUCGUCAUGACACUGCUGAAACAGAUCGCAGGUGGAGACAUCUCCUCUAAGAACAUGUGGUUGGCUGAGAACGUCCUGGACAUCCUGCUGGACCAGAAGGAGUGGGUGCUGAAGAGCGGGAUGCUGAUCGCCAUGUCCGUCUACACCUACCUGCGCCUGAUUGUGGACCAUGGAACUCCAAACCUGCUGCCUCUGCGGCAGAAGGAGGUGGACUUCUGCAUCAGCAUGCUGAGAGAGAAGUUCAUAGAGUGUGUGAUCAUCGGUCGAGAUCUGGUUCGUCUGCUGCAGUACGUCGCUCGCAUCCCAGAGAUGGAGCUGCUGUGGAGAGACCUGCUGCACAACCCACAAGUCCUGAGUCCUCAGUUCACUGGAGUCCUCCAGCUGCUCACAGCUCGAACAUCCAGAAAGUUCCUGGCCUGUCGACUCACACCGGACAUGGAGACCAAGCUGUUGUUCAUGACCUCCAGGGUGCGUUUCGGGCAGCAGAAGCGGUACCAGGACUGGUUCCAGAAACAGUACCUGUCCACAGCAGAGAGCCAGUCUCUGCGCUGCGACCUCAUCCGUUACAUCUGCGGCGUCGUCCAUCCGUCCAAUGAGGUGCUGAGCUCUGACAUCCUGCCUCGCUGGGCUAUCAUUGGCUGGCUGCUCACCACCUGCACGUCAAAUGUGGCGGCCUCCAACGCCAAACUGGCGCUCUUCUAUGAUUGGCUGUUCUUCAAUCCAGAGAAAGACAGCAUCAUGAAUAUAGAACCAGCCAUCCUGGUGAUGCAUCACUCCAUGAAGCCUCAUCCUGCCAUCACUGCCACACUGCUGGACUUCAUGUGCAGGAUCAUCCCUCACUUCUUUCCUCCUCUGGAGUCUCAGGUCCGUCAGGGCGUCUGCAACUCGCUCACCUUCAUCAUGGAGAAGAGAGUGCUGGCUCACCUCGCUCCACUCUUUGAUAAUCCCAAAUUGGACCGAGAACUUCGAUCGAUGCUCAGAGAGAGAUUCCCUGAGUUCUGCAGCGCCCCCUCACCACCAACUGAAGUGAAAAUGGAGGAGAACGUGUCUUUAGAGAUGGACAACCACGUGUUGGACAAGGAGGAGGGUUGCUAUGACAACACUGAGGCUGCCUUCAGCGACGAUGAGGAGGAAAUCAACAACAAAGGAAAGAAACGUGAGUUCAGGUUUCAUCCGAUCAAAGAGGCUGUGAUGGAGGAACCAGCUGACAUGACGCCCUGGCUCGACCAGUUAGACGAGACCAUGAAGGAGAAGGUGCUGCAGCUGCAGAAGAGCAGCGACACAGAGGCUCAGUGUGAGGUGAUGCAGGAGAUCGUGGAGCUGAUUCUCGAGGAGGACUUUGACACAGAACAGAUGUCGGCUCUGGCUUCUUGUCUUGCUGAACUGUUCAAAGAUCAUUUCAGAGGAGACGUCCUGCCGGAGGAGAUCACUGAGGAGUCCCUGGAGGAGUCCGUGUGUAAACCCGUGUGUCUGAUCUUCAGGAACCUGGUCACCAUGCAGGAGGACAACAGCGGCCUCUCUGUUCUUCUGGAGAUGUUGGCAGAACUUUACCAGAAGCAGCCAAAGAUCGGAUAUCACCUGCUGUACUACCUCAAAGCCAGCAAAGCGGCGAACGGGAAGAUGGUUCUGUACGAGAUGUUUGCUCAGGCGACGGCGCUCGGCGACCUGCACACGUGUCUGAUGAUGGACAUGAAGGCGUGUCAGGAAGAUGACAUCAGACUGUUGUGUUACCUCACACCGUCUAUAUACUCUGAGUUUCCAGAUCAAACAUUAAGAAGUGGUGAGCUGCUCAACAUGAUCGUCGCUGUCAUCGACUCCACGCAGUUACAGGAGCUGAUGUGUCAUGUGAUGAUGGGAAACCUGGUGAUGUUCAGGAAAGACUCGGUUCUCAACAUCCUCAUUCAGUCUCUGGACUGGGAAACCUUUGAACAGUACAGUACGUGGCAGCUCUUCCUGGCUCACAGUAUUCCUCUGGAAACCAUCAUCCCCAUCCUGCAGCACCUUAAGUACAAAGAACAUCCUGAGGCCUUGUCAUGUUUGCUGCUGCAGCUUCGGAGAGAAAAGCCCUCUGAGGAGAUGGUGAAGAUGGUCCUGAGUCGUCCCUGUCACCCCGAGGACCAUUUCACCACCAGCAUUCUGAGACACUGGGCGUCCAAAUACGACGACACGCUGGGAGAACACAUCAAAGCUCAACUGAUCAAGAACAACAACCAGCCACGCAAGAGACAGAGUCUCCGCAGCUCCAGCAGUAAACUGGCUCAGCUGACUCUGGAGCAGAUCCUGGAACACAUGGACAAUCUGAGACUGAGUCUGAGCAACACCAAAAACAACUUCUUCAGUCAGACUCCGAUUCUUCAGGCUCUUCAGCACGUUCAGGCGAGUUGUGAUGAAGCUCACAAGAUGAGACGCAUCACUUCCUGCAGGUUCAGCGACUUGUUCGCGUUGGCCGAAGAAUACGAAGAAUCGCAGUCCAAGCCGCCCAAGUCUCGGCGUAAAGCUCCCGCCUCCUCGCCGCGCUCCAGGAAAGGACCGGCUCCGCCCACCAACAAUGAGGAGGAGAGCGCCUCCAGCAGUGCUUCAGAGGAAGAAGACUCGAAGCCCAAAGCUCCCAAGAGGAAGAGGAAAGGAUCGUCGGCCGUCGGCUCGGACAGCGACUGAUCAACCCAUCACACGUCAGCACGGAGACCGCGCUCUGACCACUGGAAGAAGCCCCGCCCCAGGGGGGGAGUGGGCGGGACUCUGAGACGUUUAAAUCCCGUUUGGUGAAACUGAUUUCCAUUUGACGAGACUUGUUUCCAUGGACACGGGGUCAAAGGUCACUGUGUGGCUGAGGAAACAGGAGAGCCAUGAACUCUGGGAACCAAGCGACAAGAUUUUAAUACAGACUCCGCCCCCUUCACUCUCUCACCCGUUUGUCCCGCUGCAGUAAAAGCUCCACAAGCUCUUCAUGUUUCUUUCAGGUUAUCGUGUUCACUCCAGAGGGGGUGGGGCUGGGGAGACAGGGGCGGGGCCUGAUGCUGCUCACAGGUGUCAUUUCACCUGUUUUUUUGUUUUUGUUUUUUUUUUACCAGUGAGGUUGAAAACCUUUUUUUUUUUCAUCAGUUUGUCUGAACUUUUAUGACUUUUGAUGAAAUAGAAAUAAAAUCUGUAAAAUAAAUAAAGAGCAGGUGACUGAUGACAUCACAACAACACACACAGGUGACUGAUGACAUCACAAUAACACACACAGGUGACUGAUGACAUCACAAUAACACACACACUCACCUUGGCACGGCAUGACACGGUUUAGGUUGGUAUGUGCUGACUUAAGACGAGUAGACAUUCCGACUUGUCAUCAUGGAUGUGUUGAGUUGACUAAGUACUUUUUCUGUAGUGGAGAUGCAACUUAAACCGUGUCAUGCCGAGGCGAGUAGAGCUGGUGGAAAUAUGCCACAAGUCCUUGCUCUGAGGCACGUGCAAGCGUCCGUCCUCCAAUAUACGUGAUCCCCCGGAAGCCGCGGUAUAGUUCGCAGACUGGAAGUAACAUCUGAUUGGGAUUCCGAUAUUUUGAAAGACGUAAAUGUCAUUAAUGUGGCAGGUGAAUGCUCUGAUACUUGUUCUGAUAUCGACUGUAUGAAUGAGGACAUGAGACGAGUGUCAGAGUUUCCCUCAUCUCAGGGUUAACUAACUCAAGUUUUCACUAAACCUGCUUUCUGAAACGGGCCCGACAUCUCAACAACACACACACACACACACAGAGGAAACCAGUGACACAAAGUGACCACACGAGGCAGCAAACAUCGUUAUAAAGGAUAAUAACGAACAUCAUGUGUCACAUGAUUAACAUACAUGUGGGUGGAGCCUCAUCACUGUGAUUGGCUCCACCUGCUGCAGCUUCAUAUAAAACCACAUGAUCAGGUCCAGGUUCACUUCAGACCAUGUGACUCAGGUAAGAAGACCUCACUGAUCCUCAUGUCUGACCCUGGUCUGACUGAACCAGUACACUUUGAACAGGAAUGUAAAUCUGUGGUUCUGACUUUGUUCUCAGAGUCCAGGACUUGGUCUGACUGUGGUUGUUCUGUUGUCUCCGCAGCCUCAGUCAGCAUCAUGUCGGCUAUUAAAUCCGGAUCUUCUCUACGGACUCUGCUUCUCACUCCAGAGCGGAUCCCGACCUUCAUCAUCCCGUGCUGCAGUCCGCUCUUCGCGCUCUCUCCUCACCGUGGCUCCUCAGGCCGGAUGAGGCUCCUGUCAGAACCUGAUGACGACGACGACAGUCCGCGUGGAAGCCCCGCCCCUGCGGCCUCGCCCCGGUUCCGGCUCCGCCUGCCUCCCCGGAUCAGGACCCCACGCCGCGCCGCGGCAGAGUCCGCGGACACGGACUUGACGACCCGCGCGGCCAUGUCGUUGCCGCACGUGGACAAGGUGACCACACCCUACGGUUUCCGCGCCGUACUGACCGCAAGCCCGUGCACGCGCCGGCGGGAAUCCCUGUUCCACCGGAACAAGCCGGUGACGGUGACUGUGACUGACACCGAGGAGCGGCAGGACCCCGGUCCUGGUCCUGGUCCUGGUCCCAGCAGCAGGUCCCGGGUAAAAAGUCUCGGUGUUCACGUGAUGAAGGAACUGAGAAAACCCGCGGCGGCUCUGAAGGCUUGGAGUCCCGCAGGUCGGAGGAGCGAGGCCCGCUGACGUCACCAUGGAAACCUCUGCAGGUCACAUGACCUUCCCGCGCUGUGCAUUUCUUUUAAAGUGAAAUAAAAUGUUAUAAAUGUUG